UGCGGAAAUUUUACCCGAUAGCAGACACGCGCCGCAAUGUAAGCGGGUGGCGACGGGCGGCCUCUUCAGUCCGAAGACCUCCGCGAUGGCCGCCCUGCUGCUGCUGCUGCUGACUCUUCUCGCCAUGGCUGGACACGCCUCCCCGCAGACACACGCAGGCUGUUCGGUGGACGUAAACAAAUCCAAGAUGCCCUACCCUCAGCCGCUGCUGCUGAAGCCCGGCGGUAGCAAAGACGUGCACGGCUUCGUCACGCCGGACUCCUCGGGGAAGAUCUUGCUCAGAAAGAACCAGCAGAUCAUCGUCGCGUGUCCCGACAACGCCCUCGUGGUGACGGAACAGCCGCUGGCGACAGCCACCUGCUUCUCCGGCACCACCUUCAUCAUCGGCAAUACGUCCAAAAACUUCGCUGAUCUCGGAUGCGUGUCCCAGCCGAUGCCAUCGGAGAGGAAUCCGGAAAGAUCGUGCGGCAGCAGAAGUCAGUAUCAGGAGAUCCAGCUGGGAUUCCAGGUCGGCUCCGACUUCUACACGCUCAUCGACGCCUGCUUCGACACUCGCUCCUACAGAACAGUGUACGACCACUUCACGAUGGUCCGCGAAAUACGGGGCAGCCAGACCCGUUUCCCCAGGCCAAAAAAGUGGUUGAACGGUAGGUUCUUCGGCACUAUUGACAUGGACAAACAGUACGAAAGAGCCACGCAGAUCGUGACGAUCGGCAAACUGCUUGGGGACCCUGAGCUGGGGUCCGAGUACAUUUCUCGAAACACCGACUACUUCCUUUCCAAAGGACACCUCGCUGCUAAAUCUGAUUUCUCUCUCGGCGCGCAGGAGUACGCCACGUUCUUCUACAUGAACGCUGCGCCGCAGUGGCAAACAAUCAACGGUGGCAACUGGAACACCAUGGAAGGAGAUGUACGUUCCUAUGCUGCAAAAAAACGCGUCAAGCUGGAAAUAUACACGGGUACGCACGGUAUCACAACUCUGCCGAACGUGAACAAAGUCGAGACGGAUUUAUAUCUUUAUACUAAAGGCAGAAACUACAUCCCAGUACCGAAGCUCUUCUGGAAGAUUGUGUACAGAGAGGAUAAUAAGAGAGCUGUUGUGUUCCUGGGUGUAAACAAUCCGUACAUUGAAAGGCCUGGCUCUGACUACUACAUCUGCGGAGACGUAUGCACCAGGAUCAGCUGGAUAACCUGGACGGCCAAUGACCGGAGGGACAAAAAAAAGGGUUACACGUACUGCUGCGAGUAUGCGGACUUCAAGAACGCUGUGGCCGACGCACCCACCCUCAACGUUACCUCUCUCCUUACUUAACAGUCUCAACCGAAAAUCAGCUCGAAUUAUCUUCAGAAAUCGCAAGGAAGCCACAGCAAACGAAAACCGUAUUCGGAACUUCUGUGGGAUCGAGCAAGGAAUGUAAAUACAUCUGUAAUUCUUCAUUUCCUUUAGUUCACAGUCCUUCAACUCUUUUGAUAUUCAUAUUUCAUUUGCAGCUUCUUUGUGCCUUCUUUGCACAUAUAAGUCUAAAGUGAAGAGAUGAUGCCGGCCGGAGUGGCCGCGCGGUUUUGGGCGCUACAGUCUGGAGCCGAGCGACCGCUACGGUCGCAGGUUCGAAUCCUGCCUCGGGCAUGGAUGUGUGUGAUGUCCUUAGGUUAGUUAGGUUUAAUUAGUUCUAAGUUCUAGGCGACUAAUGACCUCAGAAGUUGAGUCGCAUAGUGCUCAGAGCCAUUUUUUUUUAAGAGAUGAUGGUGGCGUUUGGUUUACACAUUCCGAGUCUCUCUCUGAAAGUUACAGUAAAUCUAUCCAGUACAAGCAAUUUCAUUCCAUUUCUGAAAUAUUUAUUUUACAGUAAGUACGAUUAUUAGGUGACAACAUGGGCAUACUAGAAAUUAUGCAUCGAUCAUAUAUGGAACAUAAUUAAUUUCACACUUUCAUACGAUUUUACGUCAUAGGCGUAUAAUUACAGGACAAGUGUGGAGUGGAAAAAGAUAAUGAAUGUAAAUAACAACAAAAUCCUAUGUAACAUAUUUCCUAACCUAAAUAUAAUCUAUAUGUAUGCAUUUCUGAAAAAUAAAAGAAAAAUCCACUGACGAUGCCACAACUGUGAUGAAACAUA